AUGUCUACCAUCAAGUUAGAUCACAUCGAGCUUCUCACCGGCACGUCCAACUAUGAGACCUGGAAGCGUGGAAUCAGUCAGGUUCUUCAGGGCGAAGGAUUCUGGGGACACGUUGAAGGCGAUACCAGAAUGUAUGCGCCCUUUCCGCAAUCCCUCGAACCAACCACAUGUGAUGCGUCUUCGACCCCUGCACAGAUCACAGCUUAUCAGGAGUGGUGGCAAAAGGAUUCCAAAGCUCGAACAAUUGUCGAGAGGCGAAUCACACCGCUCAUCCUCAACCUUCUCCCGCAGGGCGUCUCUGUCACCGCCCGCACCAUCUGGACAAGCAUUGCCGCCCUAUAUGCGCAUACAGAUGUCCUCGCUCAAUUUGAACUACGUGACAAACUCAGCACGAUGAAGCUUAAAGAUCAUCGGGAUCUGGAACAGUAUCUGGGCGAAUUCAAGGUCAGCCGUGUCAGGCUCGCUCAGAUGGGCGUCGCCAUCUCCAAACUCAAGCUUGUCCACACCGUUAUACGUGGGCUUCCUCUGGGUGGAACCUGGGGAAAUUUCAGACAGCUUAUGAGUCAGCUGAUACAGGAUCAUGUCGACACACAGGCCAGUUUCUCAAUUGCGCCUGCUGCCCCGGAUGCCCUCCUCGAUCGGAUCAUGUCUCAUCUCACCAUUGAAUGUCAACGCCUCGACUUCAAAAAGGUUGGGAAAGCUGGGCCGGGAUCCGAAUUUGCCAACUUUGCAGGGAAUGCGACCAACACUGGCAUCAGGAAGCACCCAAACAACCCCAACAGCGUCGUUUGCAGCAACUGCAAUAUGAGAUCGCAUGACAAGGAACACUGCUUUGCAAAAGGUGGCGGCAUGGAGGGCCUUGGCCCAAAGGGGCGAGCUGCCUCUGCUGCUGCCCCUCCCGUCGCAAAGGCGCCUACACCCAUCAAAUCCGACGUUGUGGCAUUUGCUUCCGUCCCAUCUGCCUCCGUCUCACCUGCCCCUGCGGAGUCCAUGUGCUUCAUCGGAGAUCUCUCCGGUGCCUCAUCUCACCUCAUCCGCGCCCGAGAACUUUUUUGGAGCUACCGCCCUGACAAAGCACGCAAUGUGAAAACGGCGAACCAUGGGACUCUCCAUACGCGGGCGGCGGGCGACUGCCUAGCACGUCUCACGUUCAAUGCAAAGUCGACUGUGCUGAAGCUCCGUGACUGCCUCCAUGCCCCAGACACCUGUGUUAACUUGCUGUCUGUCGGCCGCUUUGUCUCCAAAGGCAUUGGCUGCUUCUUUGCUGACAAAAAAGUGGUCAUUUCGAAAGGGGGCAUGGAAUACACAUACCUAUCGGAGGUCGCAAUCAGUACCGGCGCUUCUCAAGCGUUACCACCACACCCUGGACCGGCACUCAGUCAGGGCCCCAUGGUUGGGAACAUCUUUGUCAUCGAUGUCGAAUUUCUCCGGCCUCCCACACCUGUCAGCGACGGGAUUCCCAAACCCAUGCCUGACGUGGCUUGCUUCAGCCCCAUCGCUGUCACCUUGGACCUCUGGCAUCACCGCCUCGGUCAUGCAGGCGAGGGGGCAACGCGGAGUCUCCUCAAAUCCACUACCAGCGUCUCGUUCUCACCCACCAAUGCCCUCUCCAAAUGCGAACCAUGUAUCAUCGGAAAGCACGCUCGAUCUCCAGCACCGUCAUCUGUUGGCCCCAAAACCACGAAGCUCCUUGAGCUAAUUCACUGCGACCUAUGCGGCCCCUUCCCUGUUGAAACUCCACACGGAAAGCGAUACUUCAUCAUAUUCCUUGAUGAUUUCUCAAACAUUGUCAAUGUUCAGCUUCUCGCGACUAAGGAUCAAGCAUUCGAUGCAUGGUUACUGGUUCAGGUGAAGUGGGAGAACAAGUUGGGUUUGAAGGUUGGGCGAUUCCGGUGCGAUGGGGGCGGAGAGCUAGAGGGAAAGGAUCAGAAGUUUGUCCAGCAGCUGCAGGAGAGGGGGAUCGAGCGUGACAUCACACCACCAUAUGAGCACUGGAAGAAUGGGAAGGCCGAACACGUCAUUUGCACCCUACAGGGACGUGUCCUUGCCAUGCUGACCGCCGCGCAGCUCUCGAUGACCUACUGGGGCGAGGCAGCACUCACCACCGGCUACCUUCACAACCUCACCAUCACUUCCACUCUUCCCUCUGGCGUUACGCCCUUCGAGAUGUUCCAUGGGCUCCCUGCCGAGAUGCAGAAGAAGCUGGGACCCAAGUCGAGGGAAUGCCUGUUCAUGGGCUACCCACCUUCACAACGAGGGUAUCAUAUUCAGGACCUACAAACUCAUCAUUUCUUCUCCUCAGGCAGUGUCAUUUUUGACGAGAACAUCCCGUAUCACGCUCUGCACGAAGUUCCCUCAACGCCGAUGGACUACUCCUCCCUCCCUUUCCCUUCUUCCGUCCUGGACAAUAUUGCUUCCCCGCCUGAAUGUGAACAUAACCCGGACAAUGCACCACAACCAUCCACGCCCAUAGCUCCCUCUCUUCCUGCCCCUGUGCCCCCACCCACACCUACUCACUCUUCUGUCUCGGACCGGCCAGUGCAUGUGCGGACGUUAACAAAGGUGGGAAAGGCAUACGCAGAUCAAAUGGAGGCUGCCCGUGUUCACCUGCUUAAAGUCCGAGAGGCAGCUUCUGCAUGGAGGGAUGAGAGGAUUCAAGUGGAGCGGGAGGCUGACGGGCUGCGGGAGGCAGGGCCAGGGGAUGAUGUUGACAGCGACUUCACAUGCCUUUGUCGUGACGGCCUCUUUGACACGCCACUGUUGGAGUCUGACACUGUCACCGCUGCAUCUCUGGACGUCGAAGACUAUCUUCAGCGUGACAUCGACGCACGUUAUGAGGCCGUCUUCCUCUCCAUUUGCAGCGACGUUCGCCGUGACCCUCGUGUGGCCUCCUAUGACAUGUCGAUUCCUCCUGCAAAUCACUGUGAGGCUAUGUUACGUCCUGAUGCAGACGAGUGGCGGCAGGUUGAGCAGAAGGAGCUGGACAUGCUGAAGUCCAUGGGGGUCUAUGUGGAGGAAAUGCUGCCAGAGGGCCGCAAAGCGAUUGGUUGCCGCUGGGUCCACGAAUUCAAGGUUGGUGAGGGGGGUGACAAAAUCUACAAGGCUCAAUGCGUUGCCCAGGGAUUCUUGCAGGUCCCAUUUGUCAACUACGACGCCACUUUUGCCCCAGUCGCCAAAGCUGUCAGCAUCAGGUUCGUAGCCGUGUACUCUGCACUGCUGGGGUGGGACCUUGAAUGUUUCGAUGCCACCUGGGCUUUCCUCUGGGGCGACCUGUCGCGUCUCAUCUUCAUGCGCUGCCCUGACAGCUACAUCCCCUCCAUUGCCGGCGCUGUGUGGCGGCUCCUCAAAUCCCUCUAUGGUCUCAAGCAAGCGAGCCUGAUCUGGUACAAACUCCUCUGGAAGGUCCUCGAAGCUCUCGGUUUUGUCCGCUCAGAGUUUGACCACGCCCUGUUUGUGUUCAAGAGGGUCUGGUCCAACACCGACGUUCACUGUCUCCUUGCCAUGCAUGUUGAUGAUGGAUUGUCUGGCUGCAACUUCACCCCCUUCCUGACCUUCAUAAAAGGGGAGGUCGGCAAGGCUUUUGGCAUCAAGGACCUUGGGCCUGUCACCAUGUUUCUUGGUGUGCAGUUCGAGCGCGACCUUCAGACGUGUGAGCUCUGGAUCCACCAAGAGGCAUACACGGAUGUGCUUCUUGCCGAAUAUGGCCUCACCGACUGCAACCCGGUCUCUACGCCUCUCGACCCUGUUCAUCCGCUGGGUCGCGAAUCGGACGUCCCUCUUGAUGUGCCUGACCUGGUGCAUUCAUAUCAACGCCUCGUUGGAUCCCUCCUUUUCCUCCAAUCCUGCUCACGGCCCGACAUAUCCUUUGCUGUCCUCCUCCUCUCUCAGCACUGCUCGUCCCUGCUACCGCGUCACUUUGCUGCUGCCCGACGUGUCCUGCGCUACCUCAAGGGCACUCGCACCCACCGCCUCCAUUAUGGUGGGGCUCAGCAGGCCGUGCCAAUUGCGGGCCUCUCCGAUGCGGACUGGGCGGGGGAAAAAGGAACCAACCGUGCUUCCACGUCGGGCUUUGUAUGGUCCCUCGCUGGCAGCCCCAUCAGCUGGUCUGCGAAGAAGCAAACCUGCAUUGCCCUCUCCACCACGGAAGCUGAGUACAUUGCGCUCACCCGGGCAGUCCAAGAAGGCAUCUGGAUCCGGCAGUCACUCCUCGCUCUCCACCUCCACUGCCCAAGCCCUCUCGUUAUCGCCACCGACAAUCACGGUGCCCGAUCGCUCUCAGAGAACGACUCGGAUCACAGCCGGGCUAAGCACAUCGACAUUCGCUACCAUUUCAUUCGCUCUCACGUCGACAACCAGUCAUUCACCAUCGCGUUCACCCCCGGCGCCAUUAACACUGCGGACAUCUUCACCAAACCCCUCUCCCGUGUCAUUUUUCAAUCUCAUGUCGAACGCCUUGGUCUCGCACCUCGUUGA